AUGAAGGUCUCACUCGCGAUCCUGACGACGCUGUGCGCGUCACUCGCCACCGCAGGCGUGGUUAUCACUCCCGUCCGUCAAAAUCAGGUCGUGCCCGCAGCACAAAAGGUCUCGGGCGACUGCUUCUUUGGUGUUGUGACGCCUCAAGGUUGCGCUCCUUUGAGAACGUGA